AUGCCUUCCAGAAAGCAUUCAUCACACAAAAAACAUCAAGAAGAGGAUAUCCCUGAAGAAGAUGAUCCCGAAUUAAAUAACGAUGAAGAAUACAUCCCUAGCCACGAAGAAGAAAGCGAAGAAGAAGAGGAAAAUAACAACGCCUCGUAUGAUGUUGAUCAACAAGACAAAACCACCUUGAGUGGUCAAGUCGUUGAAGUUUUACAAAUGUAUUCACCUAUUGCAUGCCGUGAAUGCCGAAAGGGACAUCGAAAGUGUGACAAAGCGUUGCCGAUUUGUUCAAAUUGCAAAAGAAAGGGUAAGGAAUGUGUCUAUCCUCAAGCAAAAAGAAAUCGAAAAGCCAAAGCACCCACUCGGGUAUUGUUGACCGUUUCCGAUGAUAAAAAGAUUCAACAAGAGAAGAAUAUUGAAGAAGAAACAGAACAACAACAUGUGGUUGAGAGGAAACCUCAAAUGGAAAAAAAGAAAUCGUCCACACAUCACACAAAAGGCUUGUUGCAUCCACAUGAAUCCAAAGAUGCCAAACAUCACAAAGGGACAAAACAUACUCAUGAAGAUGUUGAGAGUGAGGAAGAGGAGGAAGAACCAGCAGAACUAUUUGUGCAUUCUGAAUUGAUGCAUCCUCGAGACGAGCAUCAACCUUCUCACAAGAGAAUUGAGUUGACAACAAAAGUUCAACCAGAAGAGUCACCUUUGGAAAAGCUUAAAACAUAUACACUCAAAGAAGUGUUGAUCAUGCAUCAGGAGAAGUUAGCAAAAAAAGAAGGCAUUUCUGACGAGAGAAAAUUGAGUUUGGUUCGAGAUUUUUGUUUGUAUGACUCGCUAGUAUCAUUUUACAUUUUGACCAAUGAAGAAGUGGACAAUAAGAAGAGUGACACCAUGUUGAAAAAGUUUUUAUUGUGCACUCUGUACAAAACAUUCAACAUUGGUGGGCACAAGCAUCAUCAUUAUCAUCAUCAUGAAUCUACUCAUCCCAUCAAUCAUCGUCCAGAGACGGCACAAAAAGGUAUCCACAAGCCUCAUCUAAUGCAAGAACAUCUUCACAAAACUUAUCCUCAUUUACACGUUUCCACUUCAUUGUAUGGCUCAGAAUCAGAAACACCAACUCCUCUUUCCAUUUCUACACCCUCUCCCCAACUGGCUCACAUGAUAGGCUACGAUUCUGAUCAUUUGCAGCAAAUUGUUCAACAAAUUGAGAAUGACACUCAUAUUCCAUACUAUACCAUUAAUGAAAUAGACUUAGCCUUAAUGUUUUGCAUUCAAGGUGCAGCAUUUGAGCGGAUUGGUUAUAGAGAGAUUUCUGAAGAGAUGUUUUCACAAGCUAAGAGUAUUCUUAAGAAAUUUUACAAAUAUCUGAAAGAUAGCCCUAGUGUACCAAUGACCUAUUCUGUUUUUCAUUUAAUGGUUGCAUUUGCCUAUUUGGCACAACAUUUAUGUUUUCACAAGCCAUCCCUCGCUCGAAGUUAUAUUGAUGUGGUAUCCAAGUAUUUAGUUGCAAAUAUACUGUCUAAGGAAGACCAACAAGAAAAUUUAAGAAUUGAGUUACCACAACAUGGAUGGAAAACAUACAGAUCUAGCGCUUCAUGGAAUUCACAAGAGCAUGUUUUACACAAACUUGUUGCAAACGUUCACACUUUGCUAUUUAACCAUACUCCAAACAAUCCUAGUCAUUCUCUAUUGGAUAUGUGUGAAUUAUUAGCUCACCUGAACGAAGUUCAUUUAUCAAAUGUAUAUUCACAAUUUUCAUUAAUUUUCAAGUUCCAAAAGCUCACCGAUGGCAUUGAUGUGACAGAGUUUUUGAUCAAAACAUUGAAACAAAAACAGUCUCAUAACGCCAAAUUUGACGGUUUGCCUAAGUCUCCAAAAAGUGAUGAAUUUUUAUAUGAAUAUUCUUUUUUGCAUAUCCACGAGGAAGAUGAACAGAGAAUAAGAGGAAUUGGAAAUGAAACUUCGUUGUGGAUUGAUAAUUAUUUGUCCAUACCAUGCACAAUGUUGAAAAACAAGGUAGAUUCUAAACUAUCGAGCGCUCUAAACGCAGAACCCAAGAUUACCUCAAAAGAGUGCUUUGAGCGUUUGCGAUUGGCAAAAGAAUUCUUUUUAUUUGGAAACUCUCUAAUCAAAUCGUUUGUUUCUGCCAUUGGGUUGAAUACUUCGCUGUUGACUGCCUUGAGCAUUGUGGAGUGCUUAGCAAUUUUGAUCUCAAAACUAUUUGACUCUGAUUCUUUAGUGUGUGACGAUCCUACCUGUACAAGCGAGCAUUCUGAGGAAUCAAGAUUUCCCAAACCAAACUCAUCGAUCACUGUUCACUCUGCCUACUCGAUUAUAGACCUUACUAGAAAUGAAACGUUCCCAUAUUGUAGUUUGAUCAUACUUCCUUGCAUCAUUAAGGCCGUAGAGGUGCAGUUAGAGGAGCUUGAAUUGCUACAAUCUACAGCUCUUUUGAAUGGAGUAUUUGGAUUAUAUGGCUCACAAGAUGUUCUUUCUUCUGGACUCGAUGAUUUACCAAUCGCGGUCGGAAUCACAGAGAUACCCAAUCACAACAUUCCCCGAGUGAAACAAUACUUAAGGUGGGGCCUAGAUGCCAUCAAUACGUUGGAAAAUAUGCAUGGUAAUGUUGCAAAAUAUGAUGAGCUAAAAGAAAGAGUCAGGAAAAUAUUAUCGACCGAACAAGGAGAGUUAAAACGUUCCGAUUCUUCCCAACAAAUCUAUUUCGUGCCAACGUACACUGUUAUCCCAAUUUCCUCCAUUUCAGAUUCUGUGACGUCAACAUCGUUCAACAAAUCCAACAAUAAGAUGGAACAAGUCGUCGAUUCAGAAACACCACUACUUAUGGAGCCUUCAACUCCACUCAUGUCAUUGGACUUGCAACUUGGAUCAAAAGAUUUCAACAACAGCAACAACAAUAACGCGGUGAAUCAAAAUAUUCCAUCUGCAUUAGCCAUCUCGAAUGGAAAUGGCAACAACCAUCCCAUGGCUGUGUCAAGCUCGACUUCCUCUCUCAUGUCGGAUGAGGUCAAUCCUCAAGAAAACAAUGAAUGA